CUUUCUGGUGGAACAGCCAUGGGGGGUUUUCAUUUUCUGUUGAUUUUCAUUCUAAAUGCAACCAUAUUUGCCCCAUAUACCUCUGCACAGCAGAAGUAUUUAGGAAAUGCAGUUUUAAAUUGCACCAGAUUCAAUGAAACUGUGCCAUCUUCUGCUGUUCUCUACACUUGUACUGCUCAUCUGCCAACCUGCAAAGCUUUCCUCAUCUUCAGAUCACAGCCCCCACCAUACAAUUCAGUCUCAUCCAUUUCAAAUCUCUUAUCAGCAGACCCUGGAGAGGUCUCAAGAAUCAACAAUAUCUCCAGGGAGGCCAUCUUGCCUCUGAACAAGGAACUAAUCGUCCCAGUAAACUGCUCGUGUUCGUGUUCGGGUCUGUUCUAUCAGGCCAACACCUCUUAUGUAAUUCCAAGUGGUGGUACUACUUAUUUCACCACAGCAAACAAUACUUUUCAGGGGCUUUCUUCUUGCAGUGCCCUAUUGCGCGAAAACGUGUAUCGUCCCGAAGAUUUGGUUCCUGGGAUGAACUUGACUGUCCCCCUUAGGUGUGCCUGCCCUUCAAGAAAGCAGACAGAAAAUGGUGUGAAAUUUCUGGUGUCAUAUUUAGUCAUUUGGGGAGAUGAUGUUUCUAGGAUAAGUAAUCAGUUUGGUGUUAGUAAAAGCAGUGUAGCUAAUGCAAAUGGGAUUUCUGUAGAGGACACUCUUUUCCCAUUUACAACUCUUUUGAUCCCUCUGCAAAUAGAGCCUUCAAAAUCCCAGACAAAGAUUUACAAGGCAGCAGCAGCAGAAACAGACAGUCCCAAAUUAGAGAAGCACAAAAGGUCUUAUAAAAGUAUUUGGAUUGGAAUUGGGGCUGGCAUUUCUCUGGCAAUUUUAUGUUUUACAGUAUUUAUUUUUUUUCUCCCCCCUAGAAAACGAGGUAAAACAGAUGAUCAAGCCCUGGGAAAAGCCGAAAAUGGGAAAUCAAAGUGGGAAUUACCUGAGAAUGUCAGGGAUCAGUUCCCUGCAAUUUAUGAGUAUGAAGAACUGGAAGAAGCCACUGAGAAUUUCAGCCUGGAGAAGAGGCUGAGCAGCUCAGUUUAUGCAGGAAUUCUGGGUGGGAAACUGUCAGCUAUAAAGGCAGUAAACGAAGAAGAUGCAUCGAGUGAAGUCGAAAUUCUCUCGAAGAUCAACCACUGCAACGUAAUUCGCCUUCGUGGCGUGUGUGAGCAUCUUGGAGUAUCCUCCUAUCUCGUCUUCGAGUUCAUGGCGAAUGGAUCCCUGAAAGAAUGGCUGUUGCAGAAUGAUGGCCCUGAAGUUCAUAGCUGGAACAAUAGAAUUCGUAUCGCUUUAGACGUUGUAGAUGGUCUCAACUACAUUCACAACUUUACAGAUCCACCAUAUGUCCAUAACAACAUUAACAGUUGCAGUAUAUUACUGAAUGAACAUCUCAGGGCCAAGAUUGCAGAUUUCAGCCUGGCAAAAACAGCCCAGAAUGAUGGAACUGGAAACCUGUGCCCUAAAACAGAUGUUUAUGCAUUUGGGGUUAUCCUGUUGGAGCUGAUUACAGGGAAAGAAGCUAUCUUCAAUCAGGGUAGAGAAGAAGAAGUAAUGCUGUUUGAGAGAGUGGUUCAGAUUAUUGAGGGAAGAAAUGGAGAAGAUGAGAUUCAAAAUGUGUUGGAUCCCAGGCUGCAAGUUAAGCACCCUCUAGGGUUCAUAAUUGACCAAACAGAACUUGCCUUGAGGUUGAUAAAACUGAGUGCAGCUUGCUUGGCACAUGAACCUGCAAAGAGACCAACUGCAGCAGAAGUUGUUUCCUCUUUGAUGAGUAUUCAAUCGGAUGUGCAAAACCUGGAAGCCUGGUCUAUGUAAUAGGUUAACACUCAGGUAUAUAUUGGCCUGUUUUUAAUUUAAUGGUGUUUUCCCCUUCACUUAUGGUAGAUAAACAGUAAACUCUUUCGCAACUCAGUUGAUU